UGACGUGUUGUUUUGUUAUUCCGGGUGUAACACUCUUCUCUUCCUCUAAGCGUCGUUGUCGUCCAACCCGUCCAGCUGCUGUACCUCCCCGGAAAUGAUCCGUCAGUCCGUGUCACAGGGGUCACCAACAUGGCGUGGAGGAGCUGCGCCGUCCUCUUCUGUCGGACCGGCGACGACGUUCUAUGGAGUGUGAAGGGAGGCAGUGUGUCCAACAGAUGGCCUCACAGCUUCCAGCAGCGUUGCGGCUUCAGGAAAGUCUCCAGGAAACCGGAAACCAAAAAAGUAGAUGAAGAGCUGGGACCCGCCUACUUGGACUCCUCUGAGGUGGUGUCCCGCCAGCAGCUCCCUUCAGGCUCGCCGCGGUCCUUCAGCCGCCUUCUCCGCCCUCUGGUCUUCACCGUAGGGUUUACAGGCUGCUCCUUUGGCUCGGCGGCAAUCUGGCAGUACGAGUCGCUCAAGUCCCGCGUGCAGAGCUACUUUGAUGAGCUGCGAGCGGAUUGGAUGGAGAAAGUGCGGCCGCAGAAGCGAGGGGACGCCCGCAAGGAAUUCAACCAAUGGUGGAACAGUUUGAGUGACGGUCAACGGACAGUCACAGCAAUCAUUGCCACAAACCUCCUUGUGUUCUGUUGUUGGCGUGUGCCAUCACUGCAGCGCUCCAUGAUCAAAUACUUCACCGCUGACCCCGCCUCCAGUGAAGACACUGUGCUUGCCCAUGCUGCUGUCCACCUUCAGCCACUUCUCCUUCUUCCACAUGGCGGCCAACAUGUACGUCCUGUGGAGCUUCUCCAGCAGCGCCGUCUCCAUGCUGGGCCGAGAGCAGUUCAUGGCCGUUUACCUGUCUGCAGGUGUUAUUUCCUCCUUCGUCAGCUACGUGGGCAAGAUGGCCACAGGGAGGUUUGGUCCUUCUCUCGGAGCGUCUGGCGCCAUCAUGACCAUCCUGGCUGCGGUUUGCACCAAAAUGCCCGAAGCCAAGCUGGCCAUCAUCUUCCUCCCAAUGUUCACCUUCACUGCAGGCAACGCGCUGAAGGGCAUCAUCGCCAUGGAUGCAGCCGGGUUGGUGUUGGGGUGGAAGUUCUUUGACCACGCUGCUCAUUUAGGAGGAGCCAUCUUUGGCAUCUGGUACAUCAUGUUUGGACACGAGCUCAUUUGGAAAAACCGCGAGCCUUUUGUCAAGUUAUGGCACGAGCUGAGGACAGGUGGCGGCGGCAGCAAUGGAGGCCAGCGAGGAGGCUCCGAAUAGGAUGUGGAAUGAACUGAUGGGAACAAAGUGGUCCCGACAUGUAAACAUGAUAAAUAGUUGUACAGACCAUUUGGUGAACACCAAAUAUGACCAUAUGAAGACGUCACAGCUGAUUUAUUUGGUUCUAGUCUAUCACAGGGAUGCCAAAACGCGGGCGGGGGGCUUUGAUGAUUUUUACAUAUCAUUAAUACUUUAUUUUAUCCUCCUUUAGAAUAUGCCAAAGGACAUACUAGCCCCAGGACUGCAGUUUGGACACCCCUGGUGGUUUUGAAAAUCAGGUUUCACAAUGUGAUAUUAUAUAAUAUUCAUAACUGUUUAUUCUAGUCAUGUAUGAACUGCUGCUUUGUGUUGUUGAAAUUUGUAUAUGACACUAACAAUAAAAAUAAUGUUUUUGUCUUCAUUGCAA